CCAACGAACAGUCAUCCGAUCUUAUCCACACAUGUCCCUUUCCCUUGGACGAAACUCCCCGUAUGUCUAAAGUCAAUGACAUUCAAGUAAAUCACUCGAGUGUGAAUGCAUCAGUAGGGGACCGACUCAGGGAAAAGAACAACCACCACAUCACGUGACUGCUUGCGUAACUGACCCGUCAAACUACCCGUUCCGCAGCGUCUAUUUAUAACCAGUAUAAAUACCCCAAUCAGAAUCCUGGGUACAACUUUUCGAUUUCCAACCAACUCACGUCACUCUGGUUGUAGAAUCUGUGAGCGUAGCCCACCCGUAUUGUCUUCCUCGGAUUUAUUCAAGCAACGUUUGUUUUACGGAAUCUCGGAAGGUGGAUGUGCCAGUUCUACAGUUUUCUCUUACUUUUAUAACCGGAAUAUUACAGAAAGCAAAAAUCUAUUUAGAUACAUUGUAUUUAAAGACUGACACUAGUUAGGGUCCUUGUCAUCAGGGAAAGGUGUGUCUCAGCGAAGACAGGUGAAGAGGAGAGGCGACCGUUACAAGUCCAGAGCUGACAGCAGUGACAUACUCGUCAACGAGACAAAAUAUGACUGCUUGGAGAUCCCGCUUCCACGACAAGUGGCCACAUCUGUCGAACCUCAAUUCAAGCUCUGAGGACCUCAACGCAAAGGAGGACAAGUACUUCAACCCUAUGCUGGCAUACGAUAACGAUGUGGACUACCAGGAACUUCAAGGUGCCUACAGGUUCUACUACACCCCUCGGAAUGGUGACGUCGUGAUGCCUGUGCCGACGUAUCACUCUAAAAAGGAUGGUGCCAGCACAACCGACACCUCCAGUGACGACUCAGCGAACAGGAGAUCCAACCGGAAAGUCUGCGCUUUCGUUGUCCUCCUUUUUCUCCUCGUCGGUAUCAUCGUCAGCUCCAUCAUUGUGUCCGUCAUCCUUACCCAGAAGCCAUCCGAACCAACUCCAGUAGCACGCCUACAGUCCAGUCUCCGAGUGACGGAUAAGACGUACACGUCUGAACUCGCCGAUCCCUCAAGUCCUCGGUUUAAGGCGGAAGCCACAGAAUUCUGCAACCAGAUGAAAGGAGACAUUAGUUGCUGACAGCUCCCCGUUGAAGGACAAGGACCCUUCCUGUAAAGUACUGGAGAUAAGAAACGGCAGUUUAAUCUUUAUCUACGAGAUAGUAGUGCCACAAGCAGCAUCCAGCUUAGGAGAACUGUUCAGUGACCUCUUGGCGCAGUUUAUCAUUGAGCAAUCGAAAGAUGGAAAAAUCGGAACUUUAAACGUC